AUUGGUGGAAGAAACACUGAUAAAUGGACUACUCUGACUCAGUUUUUGCAGCAGACUCAGUCGUUUAGUUCUGAACCAGGCCAUGUGCAUACCAUCCUUAUCAGGUUUCUCAGACAAGGAUAUAUAAAUAAUUCAGCCCAGGCAAGGUCAAGGGAGUUGAGAAUAGAAAACCAAGUUUUUCUUUUUUCCUCAUUCGAGGUUUGGUUCAGAACUUCUGAGCAGAAAAGUUUUUUCCAUGACAAUUGAGAGGAGUGUUCCAAGGUUUUAGUGAUGAGUUACAGAAAAGCCUAUGGAAUUUUUCUAGUUUUUAGAGGUGAGUUUGGUUUCAAGGGACUGAUUUUUAGUGGCUUCACAUAUAUUGUUUGAACAGUGAAACUCAUAAUCACAGGACACACGCACACGCAUAUAUACAGAAUCAGUAGCUUUCUUAAGUAUAGUCAUUAGGAUGUUUGAUGGAGGAAUGGCAAUGUCCUUACAUACACUAAAUUGCCCACUAGUUUUAGUAGGUAAUGUAAAUAAGAAUAGGGUUUGUCAUCGAACAAGAUCUGGUCCAUCUAUGGCUAUGCAACUCUCUUCAGCACUAGCACAAACUGAUGAGGGUGGAAACUCACCAGAGUCGAAGAAGAUUUCAAACUCAACUAGAGUUUUAACAAGAUGUCAGACCCCUAAUUCUAAUUCUCUGCUUAGCCGAGCAGAUUCCAUAGGAAUUAUUGGAGGAGAAUCUGUGUUUUCUACUCUAAUUUUCUUGGAAAAGCUUGUUUGGUGGAGUACAAGAGAUGGAGGAGAAUGCAUACCUUUUGUGGUCUGCAGCGAUGCAGCAACAAGCAGGGUAGUUCCAUUUCCUCAUGUCAAUGGCAAAGAUGCUAGAAGUCAAUUAAAUCACAAAAUCAUAGUUGAGAAUUUGAGGUGUAGGAGGACAUUUCUUGAGCAGUCUGGAGCUCGUUGCAUUGUUAUGCCGUGCCACAUGUCUCAUGUGUGGCACGGGCAGGUAUCCGAGGGAUGUUUGGUACCUUUCCUUGAUGUAGGUGAAUGUGUUGCCAGGGAGCUCAAAGAAGCAAAGCUGAGGCCACUUGAAGCUGGAAGUAAUGUCCGGAUUGGGGUGCUUGCCACAGAUCCAACUUUAAUGGCUGCUGUUUAUCAGGGGAAACUACAGAGUCAGGGGUUUGAGAUUGUGCUACCGGACAAAGCAACUAUGGAGCACAUAGUAAUACCUGUAAUUGAAGCACUGAACAUGAAGGAUAUGGAAGGGGCAAGAAAUCUUGUAAGGAUUGCAAUUCGGGUUCUUUUGGUGAGGGCUGUGAACAUUGUCAUCCUCGCUUCUGAUGAAUUCCGGGGUCUUUUGCCUGGGGAUGAUCCUCUUCUUAAGAAAUGUAUCGACCCCAUGGAUGCUUUGGCCAGGUCAACUAUAAAAUGGGCAAAAACUGCUAAAAAGGUACAUGUACAAACUUAACAGGAGCCUAAAUUGGUGCAAUCACCAUUACAAGCAAUAUGUAAAAUAAGUUCUCUCACUGUAGGGGAGGGUAAUCCAUGUAUUGGAAAACUCUGGCCACCUUGUUUACUUGUCAUGAGGAGAAAUAUACAAAAUACCAGCAGUCAGGUUUCAUUUUUGCUGGGUUCAAAUGCA